AGACAUAGUGGCGUUUGGAACAAAACAAAUUAGAGGUUAGCCAAUGUCGAGCAACACUUCCAAGCAAGCCAAGAAAGCAGGAGCCAAUUAGAAGGCAACAAUCGGAGAGGAGGAGGAGACAGAGAAACGUGCACACUACAAUUAAUAAGAUCUCAGGACAAAGCGCGCGCGCGAGAGAGAGAGAGAACUAGGAAAGGAUGCAAGAUCAGACGACCACGACGACGAGCUCGCCGCCUUCCAGCUGCAGCGAUAGGUCGACGUCCAGCUCCGCGCCACAGACGGAUCGCUCCAAAGAAGGGAUGGACAGCGACGAAGACAUAGGGAGGGUGCCGGAGUUCGGGCUGGAGCAGAGAUCAGGCCAAUCGACGUCAGGACGGGAGCAGGCUGUGGCGGCGGCACCCGGGACGUCGUCGUCUGCGGCGCAGACCAGCGGCAGCGGCCGCCGCCGCGGCCGCAGCCCGGCCGACAAGGAGCACCGGCGUCUCAAAAGGUUGCUGAGGAACCGGGUGUCCGCGCAGCAGGCGCGGGAGAGGAAGAAGGCGUACGUGGGUGAACUGGAGGUGAAGGUAAACGACCUGGAGAAGAGAAACUCGGAGCUAGAGGAGAGGCUCUCCACACUGCAGAACGAGAACCAAAUGCUUAGACAGAUACUGAAGAACACCACUGGAAACAGGAGAGGACCAGGGGGCAGUGGUGCCGGCGGAGACAGCAGUAGUGGCCAAUAGCAACACAGUGCAUUGGCAUGUGACAUCUGGAAUCAUCUGCCGCUCGUAGAAUGGUCGAACAAGAAAUUACUAAAAGGGCGGCAGCUCGGUCCUUGAUUAAUCUUAAUUAAUUUAGUGUGUCAUUUAAUAACUAGAUGCAACAGGGAAAGAGUGAUGUGUCAUGCAUAUGUGAUUUAAGCCAUGCAUCAGCAUGAUGUAAUUAAAAUGUGUACUGCAAUUGAUCCCUACAACGCGUAUACAUGUCAUAUGUGAUUUUAA